GUCACACCCAGAACCGUCUCUGACCCUAUCAGCGCCCUCCUCCUCAGCCCGCAGCUUCACACAGAGCGCCGGCAGGCGGGCGGCGGAUUCAUACGGUCCACACACUGGUGCAUGCGUCCCUUCUGGGUCUACAGGCCUCCACACACAGGCUUUGAUGGAGUGGCAGCCAGAUGAACAGGGACUCCAGCAGGUCCUUCAGCUCCUGAAAGACUCUCAGUCCCCAAACACAGCCACACAGAGAGCUGUGCAGCAAAAACUAGAGCAACUGAACCAGUUUCCUGACUUCAACAACUAUCUCAUCUUCGUCUUGACGAGACUAAAAUCAGAGGAUGAGCCCACACGUUCACUCAGCGGGUUAAUUCUGAAAAACAAUGUGAAGGCUCACUACCAGAACUUCCCCCCAGCGGUGGCAGACUUCAUCAAGCAGGAAUGUCUGAGCAACAUCGGGGACCCAUCCCCCCUCAUUCGUGCCACCAUCGGUAUCCUGAUCACAACCAUCGCUUCAAAAGGGGAGCUGCAGACCUGGCCUGAGCUGCUCCCACAACUCUGCAACUUGCUCAACUCUGAGGAUUAUAACACCUGCGAGGGCUCAUUUGGAGCUCUGCAGAAGAUCUGUGAGGACUCCUCAGAGCUGCUAGACAGUGAUGCGCUGAACCGGCCACUAAACAUCAUGAUCCCCAAGUUCCUGCAGUUCUUCAAGCACUGUAGUCCCAAGAUCAGAUCUCAUGCCAUCGCUUGUGUGAACCAGUUCAUCAUUGGUAGAGCACAGGCGCUGAUGGACAAUAUCGAUACCUUUAUUGAGAGUCUGUUUGCGCUGGCUGCAGACGAGGACUCUGAGGUGAGGAAGAACGUGUGCCGGGCGCUGGUCAUGCUGCUGGAAGUCCGUAUCGACCGGCUCAUCCCACACAUGCACAGCAUUGUUCAGUACAUGCUGCAGCGCACGCAGGACCCAGACGAGAACGUGGCUCUAGAAGCCUGCGAGUUCUGGCUCACACUGGCUGAGCAGCCCAUCUGCAAGGAGGUGCUGUCCGGACACCUGGUUCAGCUGAUUCCUAUUCUGGUGAAUGGAAUGAAGUACUCUGAAAUCGACAUCAUCUUGCUGAAGGGUGAUGUGGAGGAAGAUGAGGCCGUUCCAGACAGCGAGCAGGACAUCAAACCCCGCUUCCACAAGUCACGCACAGUCACGCUGCAGCACGAGGGGGGCGAGGGAGAAGAGGGGGAGAAUAUUGACGAAGAUGACGACGAUGAUGACGACACUCUGUCUGACUGGAAUUUACGUAAAUGUUCAGCUGCAGCUCUGGACGUGUUGGCUAAUGUAUUCCGGGAUGAUCUACUGCCUCACCUUCUCCCACUGCUCAAGGAUCUGCUGUUCCACCCAGACUGGGUCGUAAAGGAGUCUGGCAUUCUGGUGCUCGGGGCUAUCGCUGAGGGUUGUGUUCAGGGCAUGGUUCCUUACCUGCCCGAGUUGAUUCCUCACCUGAUCCAGUGUCUGUGUGAUAAGAAAGCUCUGGUUCGCUCCAUCGCCUGCUGGACGCUGAGCCGCUACGCUCACUGGGUGGUCAGCCAGCCGCCUGACGCCUACCUCAAACCCCUCAUGACUGAGCUGCUCAAACGAAUCCUUGACGGCAACAAAAGGGUGCAGGAGGCCGCCUGCAGUGCAUUUGCAACUCUGGAGGAGGAGGCCUGUACUGAGCUGGUCCCCUACCUGGGCUUUAUUCUGGACACACUGGUCUUUGCUUUUGGGAAAUACCAGCACAAAAACCUGCUCAUCUUGUAUGACGCUAUUGGAACGCUGGCCGACUCUGUGGGCCACCAUCUCAACCAGCCUGAGUAUAUCCAGAAGCUUAUGCCUCCUCUGAUCCAGAAAUGGAAUGAGCUGAAAGAUGAGGACAAGGAUCUGUUUCCUCUGUUGGAGUGUUUGUCAUCAGUGGCCACGGCUCUGCAGAGUGGUUUCCUGCCGUAUUGUGAGCCAGUAUAUCAGCGCUGCGUCACCCUGGUGCAGAAAACUCUUGCUCAGGCGAUGAUGUAUAACCAGCACCCAGAGCAGUACGAGGCUCCUGAUAAGGACUUCAUGAUCGUGGCUCUGGACCUGCUGAGUGGGCUGGCGGAGGGUUUGGGUGGCCACGUGGAGCAGCUGGUUGCCCGCAGCAACAUCAUGACCCUGCUUUUCCAGUGCAUGCAGGACACCAUGCCGGAGGUGAGGCAGAGCUCUUUCGCUCUGCUGGGGGAUCUGACCAAAGCCUGCUUCCUCCAUGUGAAGCCCUGCAUUGCGGAGUUCAUGCCCAUCCUGGGACUCAACUUAAACCCAGAGUUCAUUUCUGUCUGCAACAACGCCACCUGGGCCAUCGGAGAGAUCUCCAUACAGAUGGGCUCAGGUGACAGCAAGCAGGGAGCAGGUGAUUGUACAGGUGUAGAGAUGGAGCCGUAUGUGGGGCUGGUACUGAACAACCUGGUGGAGAUUAUAAACAGACCCAAUACCCCCAAAACCCUGCUGGAGAACACAGCCAUUACCAUUGGUCGACUGGGAUAUGUCUGUCCUCAGGAGGUGGCACCCAUGCUGCCACAGUUUAUCAGACCUUGGUGCCAAUCACUGAGAAACAUCAGGGACAACGAGGAGAAGGAUUCUGCCUUUAGAGGCAUCUGUUUAAUGAUUGGCGUCAAUCCUGGAGGCGUAGUGCAGGACUUUAUCUUCUUCUGUGAUGCCGUGGCCUCCUGGGUGAACCCAAAAGAAGAUCUGAGGGAUAUGUUCUACAAGAUCCUGCAUGGCUUUAAGGACCAGGUGGGCGAGGAGAACUGGCAGCAGUUCUCUGAGCAGUUCCCCCCGCAGCUGAAGGAGCGGCUCUCGGCCUGCUAUGGCGUUUAGAUGCGCCCCCCCAAUUGACACAGGACACGCCUGUUAGGUCUAAUCUACGGGAGGGUUACUGGGGAACUCAUCCAUGUCUGUGUAUUGCACUGCCCUGCUGUUGGAGGGGGGAAAAGGACGGCGCGACGGUCUGUGUGUCGGGGCGGCCCCGCACCCUGUGUCUCUGUGAGGGAGGGUGGGAAGAGGGUGGGGAGGGGGUUAGGGGGAGCCAACCUCUGCAACAAACGCCGCGAUUUAGCGUCCCACGCGGUCGGAGUAGGAAUUUUAAACACGAGUAAAUAAUAAAAAAAAAAUAACUAACGGAAGCAAAAAGGGAUCUAGGCUGGGAUAGAUGGGGGAGAGGGAGGGAGAUGGGUAGGAUCGCCUCGCCAGCUGAUAACUCCACUGCUCUCCUCGGUGCUGGAGGAGAGUGCUAACGGGAGGGGGGAGGGCUGGGUAGCACGGAAAGCACCCACCAUUAGUAAGUACGCAAGUAAGAGUACAGUCUAGUCAAGCCCUGGCACCUCAGCUAGACGCCUAUAGCACACAAUGCGCGUUACGUAGACCCGCACACCUUUUUUUAGACGAGCUUAAGGCAAGUCUCUUGUUUUUUGCCUGGGCAACCUUUUUGUGUACCCUAACGCAUAAAACACAUGGGCGAACUUCUUCUACAAGUGAAUUCAAUAUCUUUAAGAGCUAUUGGUUGAACACAUCAACAGGGAUUAAUGGCUAGAGGUGAAUCACCAGAUAAUACAGCUUACAGUUCUCGGGAGAUGAGUCGAUUUCACCACCUUUUUAAUAAAUAAAUAAAUGAAAAUACGCGAUCAUUUCCUGUUCGUAAGUACAGUGCAUAUAGUCUUUACCGCUUUCAUGCCGUGUAUCGCAUCUUUCCAAGGCUGUUCAUCGUCGUUUAAUGCUCUGUACCUGGGCCGGACCUUUUUAAACUUUAAAAGUUUCAGUUCAUUCAUUUUUUUUUUUUUCUCUCAUUUGGGGGGAAAAAGUAAAAAAAAACAAAGUGCUCCACCGUGUGUCGGCCCCCUUAGCUUCGUCAUAACCAGAACAACCUUCAGGAACUGUAAUUAACUGUAGUAGUGCUGAGAGUUUUUACUUUCCUCCUGCUUGCUCAGAUAAGGGAAUGAGAAAAAAUGGUUUGCAUGAACUCCAGACCCUUGGAGAAAUCAGUGCAAUGUGCAGGUAUCGGCUUAAUUUUUUAAAUUUUGUUUCAUUUUAUUUAAUUUUUUUUAUUUCUAUUUUUUCUUUUUAGGAUCAGCAUGUAUUGCAACAGUGUUAGCAGCCUUAGCUUUAAUGAGGUCUCAUUUUCUCCCUCUUCUCUGCCUGUUUAGGACAAUUAGAUCCUGUUUACACCUGUUUUCUUAAUGCUCUCUUAAUACUUACGUAAAGGAGGGUGGCUCAAACGUCUGAUUUAAAACAGAUACAAAUCAGAUCGAUCAGUCUUGAGCAAGUUCACACUUGCAUUUGUUGCAUCUAGUUUUGCCUUACCAGAUAUAAUCCUAAUUCUCAACACAGAUGAAGUGACCAGGUGUAAACAGGGCUUUUGGAUCUUGCAGCUGUAGUACACAUUAAGCAAUGUUUCUUUUACACAUCUAGCUUUAAAAGAUUAAAAUCAAUAUAGCAAGAAAUCGCAACCCUUUUCUGUAGAGCGAAACAACAACGUGCUGCUAGUGCUUAAACAAAGUAUGUUUUAAUGAAAUUAAGGUAAGUCAGUAAGAAACCAAGUGGGUGGUUUUAAUGCACUUUCUUUUACAGAAUGUCACACUUGGACAGCAGUCCGGCAGACUUAUAAAUAUAGACUAUAUUUGUUAAGGUUCUUGGUUAAAGGCAUGUUUCACAACAAGACACUAUUAUUAUAAACAGUAAUAAACACAAUUAUUAUCAUUAAUAUUAUAAUUUUUCACCUGGUUCUAGUCGGUUUAGCUGGUAGUCCUUUAUUUCAGCGCUCGUUUGUUUUUUUUUUUGUUUUUUUUCUUCGUAAUGUAACAAAGCCAACAGAUUUGUAUGUCCGAUAUGCCACGUAUUUGUGUGUAGGUAUGCACAUUAAACUUGAUAUGUAAUUAACUUCUGUUCAAAUUUAAGAGAACAAUUUAAUAAUAAGGCUAGGAUCAGCGCUUACAGUGGUAAAUUCAUGUGUUUUACCAAGUGCAUUACAAAAUAUGGCAUUUUGAUCUUAAAAUAAGAGUAAAUAAGAGUAAAUAAAUGGGGUAAGAAAAGGUACAGCCUACAUUGUUGGUCUCCUUGUGAAGCUGUGGUAGACUUGUGUAAUUGGAAGUGUUGAUACUAAUGUUAGAAUGUAAUUCAGCCUCUUUAGGCACAAGAUGCAUGCUUGAAAAAUGUAGAGGAAAAUUCGGGUCCAGAAAGUAAAAAUGUAACUUAGAAUUUUGUUGCAAAUGUUGUUUAGACAGUUGGAGCAAAGUCCCAGGGUCUGUUUUUGUUGUCUGGACCUUGAUUACCCAUUUCUAGAGAAAUGUACACAUAUAAAGUAUUGCACUGAAUUUCUCCCCUAAUGAUUUAAUUUUAUUAAACAAAAAAUGUAAAAGGUAUAAUGUAAAAUCCCACAGUCAACACUUGCAGUUCAUUUACCAACCAUAUCUUUUUUCUUGUCUGUCUAAAUAACCUUAAAAGAGGCCUUGUAUAUAAUAGUAAAUGCACAAAGUUAAUUCCGCACACAAAGUAAUUCUGUAGCAAAUUACUCGUACCAAAUAUUACAAAUUAAUUACGUACAAAAGUAAACAAAUGUGGUGAUAAUGUUUAAAUCCCCUCUCAGCUCUGUUAAAAUGGUUUUGCCCAGUGCACCGCAAAAUAUCUGGCAUAGCUUAAAAUAAGAAUAAAUAAAUGGAAUAAGAAUAGGAACUGCCUACAUUUUUGGUCUCCCUGUGAAGCUGUGGUAAACUUGUGAACUUUUUGGAUGCGCAAGUGUUUAUGGGUCUUUAGGCACAAAAUACAUGCUUAAAAAUUGUACAGGUGGAUAAUCCGGGUCCAGAAAGUCAAAAUUCAUCUCAAAAUCCUGGAGUGAAUUUUUGUUUUCUGGACCUGGAUUACCAAUUUAUUUCUGGAGAAAUUUAAAGUAUUGCAUCGUCAAAUUCCCCAAUUUUUUAUUUUUAUUAAAAACAAAAAAUUUGAAAAGGACAAAGCCCACUGUUGACAUUUUGUUUAGUUUCUAAUAAAAUUACUUUUCCAGAGGCCUUAUAAAAGUAUCUACACACACAAACAAUUUGGCUAGUUACCAAAAUUCUGAAAUGUAACCUAGUUAAAUGUUAAAUUCUUCCAUUUUACCCAAUGCUCUCCCAAAUCUGCCGGAUCGUAAACACGAGUAAAUAAAAGUUAAGGGUUAAGAAUAGGAACUGCCUAAAUUGUUGGUCUCCUUGUGAAGCUGUGGUAGACUUGUGUAAUUUUUGGAAGUAUUGAUCAUAAUGUUUGAAUGUAAAUUAGCCUGUUUAGGCCUGAAGUACAUGCUUAAAAAAAAUGUAGUGGUAGGUAAUUUGAUUAUCAAUUUCCAGAGAAAAAUAUAAAUAAAGUAUUGCGCUAGUUUUCUUUAACAGGUCAGAUUUCCCCAGCUUUUCUUUUUUUAUUAAACAAAAAUUUAAAGUACAAAGCCCAACGUCAACACUUGCAGCUCAUUUACCAACUAACUUAACUAAAUAAUCUUAACAGAGGCCUUAACAAUAGUAACUACACAAUCAAAUUAGCUCUGCACAAAAUCGUAACUGUGGCUAAUUUUCUGUACCAAAAAAAUGAAUAAAUCAAUAAAUAAAAUAAUUAAAUAUACAUAAAUGCAGAGGCUAUCAUUGUUAAUAGCCAUAAAUAAGCAAUAGCCGUGUCUCUGCUAGCAUAGGUGUUCGUAUGUCUUUUUAAGGUACACUGUUGUGCUUUUGACUUUUUUCAUUUCCAACUUGGAAGUAAAAUUGGAGGCGGAGACUCACUGUGGUCCUUCAAAAUAAAAGCCUUGGUGUACCUUUUGAGAUUUGUCAUUUUGCUCUUUCAAUAAUAAUAAUAAUAUUAGCCUUGACAAUCUUAACUUUAGCUACUAGUUUCUACACUUUUGUAAAUCGCUCCAUCCUCAGGACUCGAGCUCUGUAAGUAAUAUAGGUAAAUGACUGUGCAAGUGUUGCUCCAUAGGCAUUUAAUAAAAAUAAAUGAAAGUGACAGGGUGGUACACAAAUUAACAUUAACAUUAAUUCCAACAUGGAGAUGUGCAGCCUUUUGUUUAUUUGCUUCACCUGUAUGAGCAGAUAUUUCUAUUCCCAUCUAUUAUUAUUAUUAUUAAGUUAUUUACAUAAUUCAUUCAGACAAGAACAUUUACGUUUUAGUUUAAUUUUUUUUUUUUUAUGUGAAGGCUGGCCAAAUUAAUGGAUUUAAAUUUUUCAAUUGUUAAAUUGUUUAAGCUCUCAAAGUUCAGGAAGUGCUGUAAACCACUAGGUGUGGAGCCAGUUUAUUAAUGUUAUUACCAAGAUUUUUUUUUUUUUUUUUUUUUUAGUAAACACUCGUUCUCCUGCAAACUAUGAUCAUUUGUCCUCAUGUUAAUAUUUUUUGGUUUGUUGUUUUUUUAUUUUAAUUUUGAUAAUGUUAUUUAUUUUUAUUCGUUUUCUUUUUGUAUUGUUUUGCGCUUUCAAGCGCAAAGAUUUUUAGACUUUAAAAGUUUAUUAUUUUCUUUUUGUUUUAAAGAAUUUUAUUUUGUUGUUUUAUAUCAACCAAUUUUGACUUAUUUUUAUUUUAUUUUUGUUUUGUUAUUUUUGUUUGUUUUAAUUUUUUUUAAUCAACCAAUUCCAGCAAAUGAUUAGGAUGGAAGGUGGGAAAUGCAUUUGAACCUGUACUGUGUACUUAGGAGAAUAUCUGCUGAAUAGUUUUUUUUUCCUCUUCCACACUGUGGUGCAAACUCAUUUAUCUCAUCACUUUCUAUUUUAAUUCUGUGAAUCGGGGAAAUAAAUUCUUUUCUACCAACCGGGAAACAAAAGCUACAGUGUGGUCUGUUUUUUAAGUGCUUGUUUCAUGUGUUUCUCUCAAUCCCAGAGAUUUUUGCUUUAUUAAUCUCUCCACAUGGUCUGUUAAACUUUUGCAUCCUUUUUAAAACGUGUGUUAACUGGAGAGAUUCAGUACAUUCAUAAUUUAUUUAUUAGUUUAAUUGUGGUUUAUUAAUACUUGAUCAUGUCAUUUUUGUAAAAUCUUUAAAAUUAGAAAAAAAUAAAGCCAGAAAAAGAAUUUGUGAGCAAUAAUUUACUCAAAAUUUAAUCUUGCGUCUGCGCCUUUUUUUUUCCGGCAUCGACAUGAGUGGUUGACUGUUCAAGUAGUUCAGUCUGUGUAGUGUUUUUAUUUUUUAUUUAUUUAUUUUUUGGUUCUAUGCUACUACAUAUGUCUUGGGUGCAUCUUAUUUAUAUCCUAAGGAUAUUCUUAUUGUAAUUCUAGAAUUUCCUCUUGUGAUUAGUAAAGUAUCUAUUUAUUUAAUUUCACAUCAUUUCUGGCUGAUGUUCUGGUCACUUUUGCAAGUGUGUGUUAAUAUUUAUUUACGUAUUUAUUUAUAAGGAUGUGGUAAGAGCACAGGGUUUAAAAGGUGUAUAAGCUUGAGUUUAACCGUUUUAACAUUUUUAGCGGUGCUGGAACCUGUUAAUGUUUUGUGUUGAGAAAAUGAGUAAGUUUCAGUAUAAAAAAAGUUAUUUUAAAAUGUAUAAAUAUUGAGCAAAACUGAUUUUACUCAAUAGCUCCAUAGGAACCCAUUUGUUUGAGGCCGACUCGGGGGCGCCCCAUGGUGGUCAAACAAACCCUGACCCGACCACCUGUUGCAGUCUGUCCUUCAGCUCCACAAAGACUGCAGAGAAACUAGUGGGUGUAGCUAGAAUGGAUAAAACUGAUUUAUAUUAUGUAUUUUAUUAUUUAUUAAUGUUAUUCGGGCCCGUAAAUAGUCUUGUGUGUGGGCUCUGUUAGUUAGCGAUAGAUAGCUGAAUAACACAGCUAGCUUACGCUAACUGAAGAGCAGGAACUGUUCGUUGGGACUGAAGUGGAGUUUGAGCGGUAUAGACAGAGCUGUAUAUGGGUCUGUACUGAACAACCUGAUGGAGCUAAGGAAUACACCAAACCCCCCAACCCAGAAAAAACACAAGUAUUGUAGGUAAACAUAAAACGAAGACCUUCAGCUAUUAACAUUUGACCAUGGUGUAGCGAGAGAGGGUAUUGAACAACCUGUUGGAGAUCAUAAACACCAAGCACCCCCUAGACUCUCCUGGAGAACACAGCCAAGACCAUCGGCCGUUAACAUUAUUUGACCUUGGUCCCAUCUAGAUGAGAGUUACUGGGGAACUGUGGAGGAGGGGGAAUAGUGUGAUUGUGUCUGUGACUGUGUAUCUCUGACUAAUUAAUUGGUCAACCCUUUGUUACUUUUUUAAAUUGUCUUUAAGCCUGUACUGUUUACAUAUCUGCUGAAUAAACAUUUUUUUUUAUCAUUUACACUUUUAA